AUUUUCCUGGGAAAAGUUACUCGAACAUUCUUUGUGAACUGAUCCAAGAGUUUAUUAGAGGAUCGAUGAAGUCUCCAGAAACCAUUUUUAUAUAGAGUGGAGUGAUGUAGUAUGUGACGAAAACCUUCGCAAUGUGUUCGUCAUCGCUUAGAAGAUCGAAACAAAAUUAUAAUUUUCAUAUAGAAAAAAAAAAAAGGAAAGCCAAGUAAAAAUUCGAUUACGACUCUGUUUUUUUUUUUUUUUUUUUGGGGUAUAAAACGAAGAUGAGAACACCGAGAGAGAUUUAUAGCAGAGGAAAGUGAAAUCAUGAAAGGGAUUCUAGGGUUUGAACACGGGAUAGUUCAGGCGCCAUUAGGACCAGAUAUCUCCGGACCAGAGCUUGUAGCCGCAGUCGCUAAUGCCGGAGGGAUUGGUCUUCUCAGAUGUCCUGAUUGGGAGUGUCCUGAUUACUUGAGAGAGCUUAUAAGGAAGACAAAGACAUUGACAGACAAACCAUUUGGGAUCGGUGUUGUUCUUGCGUUUCCUCAUGAUUUGAACAUUAAGGCAAUCUUAGAAGAGAAAGUUGCUGUCUUGCAGCUUUAUUGGGGUGAUUGUUCACAGGAGCUUGUGGAUGAUGCUCACCGUGCCGGUCUCAAAGUUGUUCCUCAGGUGGGGAAUGUCGAAGAAGCUAGAAAGGCUGUUGCUGUAGGAGUAGACGCCAUUAUUGUCCAAGGGCAUGAAGCAGGUGGGCAUGUUAUUGGCAAGGAUGGUCUCUUUUCAUUGUUGCCAAGAGUGGUGGAUUUAGUUGGGGAACGCGAUAUUCCCGUUAUCGCUGCCGGAGGAAUUGUGGAUGCACGCGGUUAUGUCGCAGCCUUGUCACUUGGUGCUCAAGGGGUCUGUCUAGGCACAAGAUUUGUGGCGACUCAUGAAAGCUAUGCACACCCAAUAUACAAAAGGAAGUUGGUUGAAUAUGAAAAAACAGAAUACACAGAUGUGUUUGGAAGAGCAAGGUGGCCUGGUGCGCCUCAACGUGUUCUGGAGACACCUUUCUUUGAUGACUGGAGGUCUCUUCCGGCUGGUGAGAAUGAAGUUAAUCAACCUGUUAUUGGACGUUCCACCAUACAUGGCGUUGAAAAGGAGAUAAGAAGAUUUUCAGGAACAGUACCAAACAUGACGACAACGGGCGACUUAGAGAGUAUGGCUAUGUAUGCAGGCCAAAGCGUAGGCCUUAUCAAGGAGAUUUUACCGGCUGGAGAGGUAGUGAAAAGUCUUGUGGAAGAAGCUCAGGCUCUGAUCCUCCAAAAGUUCAACAAUGCUACUACAUGAUGCAGUGCAGCCUCAAAUCAUGAGCAACCAUAAACUUUACUGCUUUUGGAAUCGGAUGAGAAUAGUCUCAUCUAAUGUAAUAAGGUACCCCUUGUGUAUAUCUUGUGUUGUAUUCAACUAGAAAAAUGGUGUCCAUCAUGUGUAAUCCAUUCCUCUUUUUACCAACAGACCUUGGUAUUGAAUUAAGUAUACUUCUUAUGGUUGUUUGUUUCCAGUGAAACUUCCCACA